CCACAGUUCUCCUAAAAGUACUGCUUCGUGCAGAAGCAUAUUUUAUUUUUAAUAAAAAUAAAUCAGAAUUCUGAUUAGGAAUGUGUUAAUAAUAUCUAAAGGAAUUGCACAAACUGUUUCGACAAUAAAUAUUUUUUUGUUCGCUCUACUGCCAAUGCUAUUUACUUUAUCGUAUAAUUUAUAAUUCUUAAACUCACUUCAUUGCAUUGGGUACAGAGAAGAGAAGUCAUUGAUUAAGCACGAUGGCGAGUCCUGAUGGGGAUACAAAGAAAAUUGAACAAUUUCAACAGGAGAAAAAUGGCGAUGAAGCUUUACCGAGAAGAUCGCGACCGCCAACAACAGGAGAAAAGAUGUUACAAUUUUUAAGCGUUUAUUGGCGUUCCAUUGUUGUCAUCGUUAUUCCAAUAUUGUUUGCACCGGUUAUGUUUCAAAACCAAGAUGAAAACCUUGUUUUAGCUUUUCGUUGCCUUUAUGUUGUGAUGGUUAUGACAAUUUACUGGGUUACUGAAGCAAUUCCCUUACCAAUCACUGGAAUGAUUCCUAUGUUUGCUUUUCCUGUCAUGAAUAUACUCGAAACAGAUCGUGUCUGCAUGAUGUACAUGAAAGAGACUAUGGUGAUGUUCAUCGGUGGAUUGAUUCUCGCACAAGCUGUCGAAUAUUGCAACUUGCACAAGCGAAUGGCUUUGAAAGUUAUUUCGAUCAUUGGAUGCAGUCAGCGUCGAUUAAACUUUGGAUUGACUUGUGUCACAAUGUUCGUAUCGAUGUGGAUCUCAAAUACAGCUGCUGUUGCUAUGAUGUGUCCAAUUAUGCAAGCUGUCUUAGAAGAACUUGAAGGCCAAGGCAUUUGCAAGAUGUACGUCGAUAAGAAGAAGCCGACUGAAGAAGAAGGAAUGUUAACAACUAAGGUUGACGAUGAACCACCAUUGCCUUCAAAGGCUACAAAUUGUUAUUUUAUUGGAGCUGCUUAUGCUGCCACUCUGGGUGGUGUUGGAACUAUUGUCGGAUCUGGUGUUAACUUAACAUUUAAAGGCAUUUAUGAGACAACUUAUCCUAACAAUGAAGGCCUCGAUUUCCCUAAAUGGAUGUUCUACAAUGUUCCUGGAAUGUUGUUUUUCACUUUCCUCACAUGGGUUUACCUUCAAUGGCUGUACAUGGGACUCUUUCGUCCAAAUAGCCCCGAAGCUAAGGAAGCUGAUAUUGGAGUUGAAGGCGAGCGUAUCGCUCGUCAAGUUAUUGAACAAAGAUACAAAGAACUUGGACCUGUCACGUCACAUGAAAAAUGGGUUGCAUUUUUAUUCCUUUCUGCUGUUGCCCUCUUCUUUUUCCGUGCCCCUGGAUUCAUGGACGGCUGGCCCAAACUUCUUAAUAUCACAGUUAAAGUCAAGGAUGCAACACCAGCUAUCAUGGUCGUUAUUCUCUUCUUCAUGUUCCCAGCAAAUUGGAGAUUCUUCAGAUACUUUAAGAAGUCAAAUAAACCAUUGCCAACAACACCAUCCGGUCCUUUACUUACCUGGAAAUAUAUUAACACAAAGACACCUUGGUCACUCGUAUUUUUGCUUGGAGGAGGCUUUGCCCUUGCCGAAGGUGGAAAAGUGUCUGGCAUGUCUAAAAUGUUGGGAACAUCGCUUCAGGGAUUCAAAGAAAUUCCCUUCCCAUUAUUGUUGUUUUUGAUUUGUGUCGUGUGUCAAACACUCACCGAGUUUACUUCAAACGUUGCUAUCGCUAAUGUUAUUCUCCCUGUCUUGGCAGAAAUGGCUAUUGCCAUUAAGAAGCAUCCCAUGAUGCUCAUGUACCCAGCAGCUCUUAGUUGUUGCUUUGCUUUUCAUAUGCCAGUUGGAACACCGCCGAAUGCAAUUGUUGCGGGUGUCGGAAACAUACGAACAAAGGAAAUGGCAAUUGCUGGAAUUGGCCCCACAAUCUUCACUUUAUUCACCGUGUGGGCUACUUUCCCUACAUGGGGAUUAAUCGUCUAUCCUGAAUAUAGAAAUUACACACAUUUCGAUUUAGUAAGGCUAACGAAUGGCACGAUGAAUGAAACAGUUUAUGGUAGCUUGAUUGCAGCAGCUACACCUUUAACAACACUCAUGACCGAAAGUCCACUUUUAACCACAUUAGAAUCAUUUGAAAAUUCAACCGGAUUCACUUCAAUAAGUCAAAUUAAGGUUCAAGAUAAGGGAGUAUAUAAAAAGAAGCGUAGCUGGCAAUUAGAUGAACUGAAAAUUGUCGAUGGUCACAACACAGAACAUGAAUUCGAUUUAAUUUUUGAACGAAAAUAUGAAUGGAUUGCAAUAACAUUGAAUGAAAAGAAAACAUUUUUAUCAAUGUUAUGGAGAUAUGUAGAAAAAUCAUCUGUUAUCACCAAUAAAGCUCUUUUUCGCAAUAUUCCUGAAUCAUGGAUGGAUGAUUUAACUCCAAUACCGCACCCAACGACGCAUUCUGGAAAAGAAACUCCAGAGGAGGAAUCAAGUAAUGUUGAACUCGAUGACUUCAAAGAAAUGGCAGAGCUGGAGAAAAGAUUAGAAAAUAAUGACUUUAACUUUUUGGGACAAUACGAAUCAGCGAUAAGAAACGCCGAUCUCUUCAUUGAGCAUUUGUCGAACAAUCUAAUUGAACUUGAUGGAGCUAACGUUGAAAGCAUUCUCGCUUCGAAAGCAGAAGAAAAAGUUCUUUCGUUAAUGCAACAAAUCGAUUCGGCAAUUGAUGAAGUUGAAACAGUUGAAUUAGCUUUAAAUGAAUAUGAAGAAAUAAUGUCAAACAUUCGUGAUUCGAUGGAAAAGAUGGGUGAAAAGAAUUCGAUGAUUGAAGUUGCUAACAAGAACAACAUCGAAUUAAUGCAUGAGUUGGAGAAAAUCAUCAGUCAAUUGGAUCUUCCACAUGCCUAUCAACUGGCUCUAACCGACACGGACUUGACAUCUUUAAAAGGAUUACAAGCUGCGAAAGAUGCAGGAAAAGCUUUGCAAAAUGCAAUGAGUUGUGAUAUCGAUCCAGCUCUACUUCGUCUAGGAGCUGUUCAAGAUCAAAGGAAACGUUUUGAGAAAUGGAAAGCAAAGUUCUCAAGCACCAUCAGUCGACAUUUGAACAAUCUUUUCAUUCAUUUAGGAAACGACCUAGGUGAGACUAUGACGGUUCAUAAAGAUGAUCUGAAGCUUCCAAAGCACCAUCAUCAUCAUGAGCUUUCAGCUUAUCAAGAUCUGAUGCAUUGGAUGAAAACAAUGGAUUUAAAUGCUUAUGAAGCGCUCACUAAAGUUUAUACAAGUUCCCUGAGUAAGGUUUAUGAACGAGACAUUCGUCAAUUCUUUGAUCAAUCGAAACAUCAAAUUAUGAAGAAUUUGAGUUACGAUGAGAUGAACUCAUCAAUUUCUGGAAAAUCAAAAGUGCAACCAAAUAAAACUUCAUUGUAUGGAAUUCUUGGAUUGCCAAAAGAACAAUGGAAUUCAGCAGCUGUUGACAGUAAUGAAAGACAACGCUUCGAUUCAGUAUUGGAGAAAGUUCUAACCGAACUUGAACCUAUGGCAUUAAAUGAACAAAUGUUUUGUAUAAAUUUCUUUCAACUCGAUGUUUUGAGUCCAACAUCAGCUUCUAAAGCUGCUCCUAGUUUUGCGGUCACUCCAAACAAAGAUACACCAGAAGACAUUCCACAAAGACGAAUAAAUCGACAAAUCAAUGAAGAAGUGCGCAGAAUGAUGAGCGAACUGUUUGGAAUUCUAGAAAGCGAAUUGAUCAAUUUUAUUGUUAAUUUUGAAAAGCUUGAUACAUUCUACUCUCUUUAUGUCUUCGUUCGUUUGAACCAACACGUGAUGACUGCUCAAGAUUCCCAAUCAUUUCUUAGUAUGACUUAUGCCUCGGUGCUUGUACAAGUUAAGAGAAAUUUCGAUAAAUUUAUGCAAUUGCAAUUGCAAUCGAUUCAAGAAGCGAAAGUUCCCAAACGUUCAAAGUGUGGCUUAUUGUGCUAUGUUGAAAAUUUCGAAGAAUUUGCGACUUUAGCUGAAAAAAUCUUUCGAAAAAGUGAACGUCGAACAGAUCUUGACAAAUGGUACGUUAAGCUUGUUCAAGAAAUCUUCCAAGGCAUCACUCAGUUAUCAGUUGAACAUCCGAAAACACCAAAUCAAGUUAUAAAGAUGGAGAAUUAUCAUCACAUGCAUUCUCAGUUGGCACGAUUAAAAGUCGCUGCUUUGGAAAACAUGAAAAAGGAAACAAAGUUAAGAUACAAUGAAGCCUUAAGAAGUUAUGUGACGAAGUAUUUUGGGCGUCCUCUGGAGAAAUUAAAUCAAUUUUUCGAAGGUGUGCAAAUGAAAGUCUCUCAAGGCAUCAAAGAAACUGAAAUUAGUUAUCAAAUGGCUUUCUCAAAGCAAGAACUUCGGAAAGUUAUUUCGCAAUAUCCUGCUCGGGAGGUAAAGAAAGGUUUGGAGAAUCUGUACAAAAAGGUUGAGAAACAUCUCUGCGAAGAAGAAAACUUACUACAAGUUGUGUGGCGAGCAAUGCAGGAAGAGUUUUUAGCUCAGUAUAAUUUCAUCGAAGAGCGUAUAUCAAGAUGUUACGCAGGUGCAAUGAUCACGCUUGAUUUUACAAUAGAAGAAAUUCUUGAUUUCUUUUCAGAGAUUGCGAGAUCGCAUUAG